GUGGUACACUCUGUGCUUUAACGUCUAAACUGUGUACAACCCCUCUGCUUAUUAUGGUCUGUUUAUUUCUUCAUGGGCAUGAGUGCUGCCGGCUGUUUCAGCAUGUUUGUACACACACACACACAGAAGCAGCCAUCAAACACUGACCUUGUGGGCAGCCGCACACUGCCCUAUUCUUUCCCUCGUGUGUGUCCGUGUGUGUGUGUGUUGAAGUACACCAGCCUCCUUCCCAUUCACAGGCCUUUUGUGUGGGUGUCUGUCAGCGGUGUUGUCUGCAGGCAGGCCCCCAUUGUGUUGAACCACUGUUCCUUAUUGACACAGGGCCCCUGGCACUUGGUGUUCCCAUGGCCCCCCGGCCGUAGCGGACGGAAGGCUGAAACCGGAGCCCCGGACCUGGGGAGAGUUUGUUUGCGCUCCCUUUUCUCUCCCCUGGUGCCUACGCAUGGGGUUUGUGUCCAAAGGGACGGGGCUAAACGGAUGGUGGCGUCUUGUCCUUUUGAGCGAUACUGUGGUGAGGGUCGGUGGACAUCUGCAGACAAAGGGGGAAAAAAUGUAAUAAUUGCGGACACCACUUUGUUGGACAACCGUGUGGGAAAAGUGGACAUGCCGGGAUUUGCACCGUGUACCUGGCCUGACCGUGGAGAGACGGAGGUGAGACACCAGGAGACAAGGAGAGAGUGGGAGCGAGUGAAGGAUGGAGGGGAGGAGGCUUCAGACUGAAAACAAACCCCAACAGAUGUUGGAGGGAUGAGUCAGACGGUGAGGAAAACAAAGCAGCAGGCAGGGACCUGCAGAGAUUACACUCUCAUCAUGUGGAAACCAGACACUGACACCGGAGCUACUGCAGCCGUGCGCUGACAACAUCCACUGUCGGCCUGCUACUGUCGACCUCAAAGAAUUUCUAGACGGGGUGUGCCACAUUUCCACCCAGACCCCAUGCACAGCACGGUGAAGAGGGAUCAGACAUCACAAGUUCCCAACUACCGUAAUUCAUCUGAUUGUUUCGAAAUGUCUACACAAAGCCUCUGGGAGGAAACCGACAGACGGAGAAAAAAGCCGCCGAGAUCCUGGGGUGAUUGAAUAUGCACAAGGAGGGAUUGGUUUUGUAGCUGCCAUAACGAGGCUGCAGAUAUGACUGAAGUGGUCGCACAGCAGACAGACGGAGGAGGCUCGGCCAGAGAGGGAGAGAGACACAGAGGGACGGGGAGAGAGGGAUGUAAGAAGAAUAGCAGAUGCUGGAGAUGAAAGAGCAGCCAGGCCUUCACUUGAUGCCGACACAGAAGGAGGCCCUCCAACACCUCCCAUGGGGGAGAAGGACAGAGAUCAGUGUCAGCGGGUCAACUUCGACACGGCCUUCACUUCCUCCACUCUCACAAACGCACAGUUUGGGACGCCUCUGGAGGAUAAUGAGAGUCAAGAGGGGUGGAGGAGACGUCCCUGUCAAGUCAGGGGGUAACUGACAGGGUGACAGACAGGGGCAACCAACGAUACCAGGCUCUGACCCCCACCCUCCACCCCCCCCCACCCUGACCAAAGAACAACACUAUUAAUGGAUAAAAGCAGGACAUGCAGACUUUUCCGGAUGUGGUCCACAUUUAGAUGGAAUCCUGGUUGAAGGGGAGAUCGAGAGGAAGAAUCAGAGACGCAGGAAAAGGAGAAGAGAGAGCAGGGACAGUCUCUUGUCUGAACACAGACCUCUCCAGGCCGGGCAGGAGCCUCACUGCUGCACAUGCAGUAACAUGAGCCUUGUGUGUAUACAAACACACACCAGCAGUUCUGUCAAAGUAUUCGAGGAGUGUGACCAUCACAGGAGCCAUGCACCACGCACUCCUGCUGCUGCUGCUGCUGCUGCUGCUGCGGAAACAUGUCUGAUGCUCUUUUGUUGUAAUCUUCUAGUCCCCACUUUAAAGCUCUGUCCCACUCUCUCUCUCUCCCUCCCUCCCCCCCACCCCCCUUUGCGCGUGUAUGUCUCUCUCUCUCUGUCUCUGUCUCACCCUGUCUCUCUGUGGGGUAAGGUUAGACUUGUUGGCUUCCUCUGGUUGCGGCAGUGCUCCCUGUCUCCCUGUCUCCCUGCUCCCGGGCUGAGUCAGUAUUGGAUUACAGGUUCACACGCUCGCUCGCAGACCGCCCGUCGCCCCGACCAAUUGCUCCAUUCAUUCCAGCGCCGGAGACGGCCGUCGGCCUCUGAUUGGUUAUCAGCGGCGGUUAGGGAACUUUCCCACGGCCAACGCGUGCUGACAGCCGGCCAGCCACUCCUCAUCACCACCGGGACAUACAGAGGGGGAGGAGAAAGACAGGAGCGGACCGAAAGACCAUUGGACCACUGUCAAAGUUCUUCAAAGAUCCUCUAUGUCCUUGAAAACCUGUCACCCAAACGUUUAAAUGAAAGAAUCAACCUUUUUUUCACGUUGUUGACACUGACACAGUUACCCCCCUCCUCUGAAGGUGGUGCUAUAAACACCGUUCUAAUAAUUACUGACGGCCAUAUUUUUAUUUUGAUGCAUUUAAAAGCGUCUUCAUUUGACCUUUAUUUAUCUUUGGGGGGAAAAUUACACAUUUGUUAAGUAUUUCGUUAUUUUUUUGCUAACAAGUAUUUAUGUUUCUUGUCAGCACCGGAACUUUUUACUGUAAUUUAAAUUAGUGCAGAUAGAAUAUUAUCCUUUUUAGACAUACUUGUCAUGUGUUGUCAUGUAAAUUUUGUAAUUCGACGUUUUGUGGUUUGUCUAAAUACAUCUAAGUAUGAUUACAGUGCAUUCAGAACUUUUUCAGCUGCAGUUACUGUGUGACAUCAGACCAAAGUGUUCUUCCCGCCUCAGUUUUCGGAAACACCAUCAGAGUGAGACAUCUUCAUUCUUUCUCCUCUCAGACCUGUCAAAAGCUAAGGCCAAACUGCGCCUGUCCGUCAAACCCAGUGGCCGCUCUGUGAUUGGCUGACAACCCUUUAAUGCCCCGCCUCCGCUGGCUGGCAGCGGCGUUGAAAUGACACCGUGGGAAAGAGGGGAGCUACAAACAGAGGAGCUCCAGUCUAACGUGAGGACACAGACACGGCUGUAGAACACAGAACCAGGAGGAGAGUCGAACUGAAGGAAUACUUUAGAAGAAGAUUUAAAAAAUAAAAAUGAAGAGAAAUCACGACUUCAGCUCAUCGGACAGUGAACUGGAUGAAACUAUUGAAGUUGAAAAGGAGAGCGCGGACGAGAAUGGGAAUAUGAGUUCUCCACUCGGCUCCAUGUCUCCCACCACCUCAACUCAAGUGCAGGCGAGGAAACGGCGUCGAGGAAUUAUUGAGAAAAGACGCCGUGACAGGAUCAAUAACAGCCUGAGUGAGCUCCGCAGGCUCGUGCCCAGUGCUUUCGAGAAACAGGGCUCAGCCAAGCUGGAGAAAGCAGAGAUUCUGCAGAUGACGGUGGACCAUCUGAAGAUGCUUCAUGCAGCCGGAGGCAAAGGUUACUUUGAUGCUCAUGCUCUGGCCAUGGACUACCGUGGUCUGGGUUUCAGGGAGUGUCUGGCUGAAACGGCUCGAUACCUGAGUAUCAUCGAGGGUCUGGACAGCACUGACCCCCUGAGGAUGCGUCUGGUCUCUCACCUCAACAACUACGCUAGUCAGAGGGAGGCUCACUCUGGCCUCAGUCACCUGGCCUGGGGCUCUGCAUUUGGAUCUCCACCUGCCCAUCUCACCCACCCACUGCUCCUGCAGCACCAGCAGGCCGCAGCACCUUUGGCACCUCUUCCCCGCAGCACCACCAGCAGUCCACAGACUCCUCUGUCAUCCACCAACGCUUCUCCGGCAUCUUCUUCCUCAUCUUCCUCCUCCUCCUCCUCCUCUUCGGUCGCAGAGUCUCACCUUCCAGGCAGACGUAGCAGCAGCAGCACAACCGCCAGUCCUCACUCGGAUCAAGGCCCGAUCCGGGUCACACCCACGAGUGUCACACCUACCACUGUCCUCCACCCAGCUCUGGUUCAUACAUCAGCGUCAAAGCUCUCCCCUCCUCUCCUCUCUUCCCUCUCAGCGUUCCCGUUCCCCUUCAGCGCUUUCCCCAUUAUCUCUCCCACCACCACAAUCAGCCCCCCAGCCCCUGUGUCCAGUGUGGGGAAACCCUACAGGCCUUGGGGAAUGGAGAUAGGAGCGUUCUGACUGAAGUGACUGUCUUCAUGUAGACUCUACUCACUAACCAGCUGAGCUGGACUUUCAAGGACUUUGUCUCUUCUGAGAAAGUACUGUUUUGUCUCUGACUUCCAGCAAAGGAUAUCACAGAGGAGGAGAAAGAGCACAUGGAUUAAAAAAAAAACUGACAAUUUUUACAGAAUAAAAUAGGGUCGGAAUUCAUAGAAAAAUGUCACAAAAUGACAUGAAUCUCAGGAUGC